CGCGCGCAGGAGCAGUAGGGCGUGUCUCGUGCUCGGACAACUUUCGAUUCGCAGAGUCGCACGGAAGACAACCGUCGUUUAAAUUUCACCGAAGUUACGAAACGUCAAAGACCGACCGAGUGCGAUUCGAGCUGGAGUGACAGGCGUCAUGGAGGGGUUGUUUCAAGCCUGGGGGACGCCCACCAUGUCUCAAGGCCAUCCGUACGUUGAGAUUAUCGAGCAGCCCAAAGCGAGAGGGAUGCGUUUCCGCUAUAAAUGUGAAGGACGAUCUGCUGGCAGCAUUCCAGGAGAAAAGAGUAACGACACAACCAAAACACACCCCGCCAUCAAGGUUCACAACUACAGCGGCCCGCUGAGAGUGCGGAUCUCCUUGGUAACCAAGAACCAGCCGUACAAGCCACACCCACAUGAGCUGGUGGGCAAAGACUGCAAACACGGAUAUUAUGAAGCAGAUUUACAGGAGCGGAGGGUGCACAGUUUCCAGAAUCUGGGUAUUCAGUGUGUGAAGAAAAAGGAUGUGGCAGAAGCCGUUUCCUGUCGGCUACAAACUCAAAACAACCCCUUUAAUAUUCUUGAAGCGAAGAUCUGGGAGGAGGAAUAUGAUCUGAACGCCGUGCGUCUGUGCUUCCAGGUGUCCAUCACUCUACAGAGCGGCGAGCUGUUUUCUCUGGAUCCUGUUGUGUCUCAGCCCAUCUACGACAACAGAGCUCCAAACACUGCUGAACUGAAGAUCUGCCGCGUGAACAGAAACUCCGGCAGCUGUCGAGGAGGAGACGAGAUCUUUUUACUGUGUGAUAAAGUGCAGAAAGAGGACAUUGAGGUGCGGUUUUUCCUUGACUCGUGGGAAAGUAAGGGCUUGUUCUCACAGGCAGACGUUCACAGGCAGGUGGCCAUCGUGUUCCGCACCCCUCCGUACCACGACCCCAACCUAACGGAACCAGUGCGUGUGAAAAUGCAGCUGCGCAGACCGUCUGACCGAGAGGUCAGUGAGCCGAUGGACUUCCAGUACCUGCCCUCCGACCCCGAUGAGCACAGACUAAUAGAGAAAAGGAAGAGAACUGAAGGAAUGCUGCAGAAUCUCAAACUGACCGGCAUCAUCGCAGGGUCUUCAAUGCCUACAGACAGAAGGCCGUUUAAUACAGCUAAAAGAAUUCUGCCCAUCUCUAAACCCACACCAUCAAAUCUGCCAUCAGUUCCUGCUACAUAUGCAGGUCAGUCACUUAAGCUGUCGUCCUCGCACUUCAGUCCAGCACCUGGUCAGCUCUUCACUCAGCAAACACAGAAUUUACACAAAGUGGAGUCGUCCACACCUACUAGUGAAACAUGGAAGUUCCUCAAUAGCCUGACCAUGGACCCUCCAUCCAAAGCUGUGGCCUUCCCAAGUCAAGCCUCUGCUUCUGCCCCACUUCCCCAAGACUUCCCCACUGUUAACCUGCGUGAUCUGCACGACUUUCCAUUUAACACCUUCACCGCAAGACCACAGGAUCCUGUCAACACCGGAACUGGAGUAGAGGCCGUCGGGAGCUCCAGUGCAGUCGCCCAAGAAAUCCAAAACCCAUUCGGCACUGGAGCCUUCAGAGUCGAUGCUGGCCUACCUGAAGAUGAUCUUCCAGAGAUGAGCUUCCCAAGUUUCCCUGAUCCGCAAGGCUCCGAUGUUGACAACAUUAACAUCGAUGACUUCCAGGCACUGCUAGGACAGAGUGGACUUUCUGGAGAAACGGGACUCGGUGCGAUGGGGAAUUCCUUAAUCGGCAAGUCUGCGUGCCAGAUCUCCACGACAAAUGCGGCUGGUGACGCGCUAGAGCAGUCGGCCAAUCACAUGGGGAACAACUCCACCUGGAUGACUUUCCCGCCAAGCAUCGCCAACUUGUUACAAAACGAGAACAUGAUGGACAGCCCAUCGGCCCCGCCCUCUGCAUCUGUUGUUCUCGAUGACCUUGAAGUUCUGAAUUCAAUGGAUGAAGACCGUCUCAUGUCCUUCUUCACCAGCAACAACCAAGGCUUCUUGUCUGGACACCCGACCUAAAGGUUGAGGCGUGUCUUUGUUGUUUUUUUUUACAAGUACCUUAUUGAGUCUGACAACCUGUGUUCAAAUUAAUCUUAAAUGGAAGACUGUAGAUAAAACUGGGGUUGUCUUCUCUUACUUUUAAUAGACUUACAUGUACAGAUGAAUCUACCUGUUGGAAUCCGGGGGGCGAGGUGAAGAAAGCCGUUUGAAGGUGUUGUAGACUGAUUAAUCAGUAUACAAUAGUGGGUGGUGGUUUUGAAUCAUAAAAUAUCUAUUUUCUGUUAUAUAUCUUCUUACCUUGUGGGGCAAAAGCAGGCUAGCCAGCUUUAAAAUGAAUAAACCUCUAUACAUCGACUCCUAAAGCCUGAAUACGACGUUUAUGUAAACAAAGCUAAUCACUGCACAAUGUCUGCAUUAUUGCCAAGUAACUAUUGAAAACGUAUGCGAGUUUAAUUUGAAUAACCAAUAUUGAGCUAUAGGUCAUUGCAGAUCUUUAGAUAAUCUUAAGCCAUGUACAAAGCUCCAUUUUUAGUUUCCUACCAUCAUCGUUUUCCAAAGUAUGUGAUAAUGGAGAGUAGGGCUGGUAAAAAUAUUAACUUUCUUUAACCUAAAAUUAACCUAACUUUCUGAUUAAUUGUGGUCUUCAUUUGAAGUUCCCAAUCGUUUAAUCUAUGCACAACCCUCUACAAUUUAGUCAAUCACUUGCAUAUGCGACAAUGUCAUGCUAUGAGUCUGUAAAUGUCUGUGAUUCUGCAUUGGCUGGUAAAUGUUGAUAGCAGAGAUUGAGAAGUAUAGUGGUGAAGAAGAUCUUUUCACUGCGUGUUGAGAGGAAUGUUUUGGUUUGACUCAUUCUGUGCGUCGUCAAAAUGAAUCAAUAUCCAGCGUUUUCCAACCAACACUCCAUUUUGGUGGAGGAAAGUGCCUUUCUGGUGUGGAAGAGAGGCAUAAAUUUAGCUAAAUCAAUGUGUUUUGUAAGGGGUAAUGUACAGUCAGCCGAUUGUUAUCGCAAAAUAAACCUAACCAGUGAUCAUCUUGUUGCAGCCUAAAGAGGUUUCUUUUGAGAUGACAACCGUCUGACUGCUCAUUAUCCGGCUUAUUACACGGCUACUUGGUAAAAAAGUAAAUAAGUGGACGUGAAACAUUGAUUUGAGUUGCCAUUAUUGUAUUAGCUUGCUUAUAGAGAUCGUACAGUGAUUCGAGAAGUAGGGAAGUUAAGUUGCAAUGCCGAUCUGAUACAUGAAUGUGAGGUUGUUACUGAUAAAUAGACCGCUAGAUAGCACCAUUGACCAAUCAGAAUCCAGGAUUCCAGAGUGCCAUGUAAUAUUCAAAUAAUUAAAUAUUAAUUUAAAGGAAUAUACUCUGGUUCAAUACAAGUAAAGCUUAAUUGACAGAAUUUGGGAUAUACUGAUGAUUACCUCAAAAUUGAAUUAAUUUUUAAGUCUCAGCUUGGAUUGGCCUUUUUUUAGCAUUUGAUCAAGGCCUUAGUGCUACUCUUUUUUUGUUGUUGUUGUGUUUAUUGGACGUCACAGGUUUGUCAUUUUAUGUACUUUGCUUUUUUCUGGUGAUCCGUUACGAACUUUAUGCUCCAGUUAUAAUCUGACAAUAUUGGCGGUUUCUGUUCUACCACUGACAGAAGACUUUAUGGUUGUGUUUGUUGUAUACUGACAUGUACACAACAGUCUAGUCAUCAGUACCAACAGUGCGCUGUGCGAAAGGGAAAGGACACAACCUAAAGUACUGUGUAAAACUGCUUGUCAUACAGUAUGCAUUUGUAGUUUUAUUGUUGAAUUCUGUUUUAAGAUUUGUACAUUUCCGAUAAAAAAUCUUAUUGCGAUAUGGAAAUGUGUGACGUGUUUCCAUUGUAAAGAUGGCUGCAGAAAAUAUGAUUGACAGCUCAUGGGUAAUGCAGUAUCAGUCACCAAGUUAGUACUUCGGUUAUUGAACUCCUGUAUGUCUCGCAGUAAUAAUGUUGAAGCUCUACAUGGGGAAUCUCAUAAAAACUGUCAAUAACUUAUCCAGCUCAUGCUUUUUUCACCCAAAAAUCUAAAGAUAAUAAAUAAAUUAUAGUUUGCAUAAAUAAAAUGAAGCCUAUUAUUAAUUAAAUAAAAAUAAAAGUACAUUUAAAGCAGUAAUUACAGUAGAAGUUGCAGUAAUGAGAAUUGGGCGACAAUGUGCUUUUGAUUUUGGGGUGAAAUAUACAGAGCCCCUUGGAGGAUUGGGAAGAAAUAUAUUUUCUGAAAUAUUUUUGGGUUCCCUCGCAAUAGCUUUAUCCAUAUUACGAAAAUCAACCAUUGUUUACAAUUAUAACCAUUAUUGAACUAUGGUACUUAUAGUAAAACCAUAAUAACCACAAAACAUACCAUUGUUUUAUUACAGCCCUUAUUUUAACCAUGUUGUCAGUAAAACUCUAGUAACCCAUUUUUAUGUAGUAACCAAUAAUUUUUUAAUUAUUGAUGUUUUUUUUAUUUUUUGAAUAUACUUUUGUUUUUUUGUGUUAUUUCUGUGGUUUUACCACACCAUUGUAUGGUUCAUUUUAGGGAUAAAGUCAUUGUGAGGAAAUGCAAAACUAUUUCAGAAAAUAAUUUUGUGAGAUUUUAACCACAUUUUGUUUUUAUGCUAUUAUUUACAUACACGCUAGUAUUGAAACUUGUGCCUGUUAUACAUCACAAACAUGUUAUUUGCUCUGUAAACUCUUAAGUGCUUUAAGCUGAAAUUGGCUACAUGUAGUGGAAGUUAGUUUGCUACUCGCAUGCAAAGAAAAUAUGGUUGUGUUCAAUCAAUCUUCAUUACAUUGUACUAUUUAAUCCAAAUAUCACCCUAAAGGUUUGUCUCUGUGUUUUGUGGCCUUAUAACAGUUAAAAACAAUUCAGUCUUCUUUUUUGACACAUUAUUUCAGAUAAAACUAUAUGUGGGAAUAUUGUACAAAUUAAAUAUACUUUUGUACAAUACUAGAGAUGUAAUAAAUG